GAUGGUGAUGGCAUAAAAGAAGUUGAGUUCAAGUAGUUUUUGUGAUAGAUGGUAAGAUAAGCUUCGUGGAUGGUUGUUGUUGGUCUUCCUGCCUAAAUUGUUCACUAAAGAACUAUGUUAGUUUAUGGUUUAUAGAUGGAGUGGGAAACGGUGGGUGUUUGUCAUUUGUGGUUGCUGCUAUGUUUUCUGUAGGGUGGAUUAUUGAAUUGUGAAAUUUUGUUCACUAAUUCCUUUAAAAGCUCAAUGAUGACUCAAUAUCAAACAUUGGUUUCUUCUCAUUUUCCUAAAUAUUUUCUAAUGCUGGAGUCUUGAUGUUGGUUUUUGAGCCUUAGCGAAUGUGGGAGUUACAGAUGCAUGGAUUUUUCAUGUCCAGAUACAUUGAUUUCUUUGUGUCUGGAUUCUUCAGAUUUGUUUUUAUUUUUUAUUUUCGUUUUUCAGGUCUAGAUACAUGGAUUUAAGGUCUGGAUAUAGGGAUGUGGAAUGGAGGAGAAACAGUGGAGGUGGCGGAAGAGAAAACUUUGGGGAUAAAAGGUUCAAGUGCUCUUAGUUGUCUUUAUUUACUUAGUCUAGACUGCCAAUGAGAGGGAAAUAGGUGGAAGGGUUUAGUAGUGGCAGGUUGUGUUCUAACAUCUGACUCCAGGGUGAGGAAGAGAUGGAGUUUUGGACUAUGGCUGGAGUCCUUGCCUGUAUUAGUUUAGCUGAUCUCAAUGCUGGGGAAAUGAUUAACACUUUAAAGUAUGCUAAUCGUGCCUGCAAUAUCCAAAACAAACCUGUUGUUAACCGUGAUCCUAUUACCAAUGACAUGCUAAAUAUAUGCCAACAGCUAGAGUAUUUGCAGGCAGAACUUUAUGCCUCUGGGGGGUUCAAGCAAGCAAGAGCUCAGAAAAGUUAUGUAUUUAACCCUCUUAAUUUGGCAAGGAUAUUUUGCUGUCACUUGAUUUACUGCAAAAGGACACCUUCUUUUUUGCAGCUGAAGAAGUAUAGGAAUCCACAGAUAUAUCACAAUGAUUAUUUGGAAGAAGUGAAGGAGACAACGGAGAGAGGGAAUUGAGGGACUUGCCUUAGUGAAGCUCCUCGAAUCAACUCCUGCAGAUGGAUGGCAUUGAUUGUACUCGCUCUUUUGUUAAAGAUGUCAAGCAUUUUGGUAUUAAGGUUGGGGCUGCUGUUGUUACGCGAAAUGAUGGAAUAUGAGAACUUGGUAGAUUCUUUUCAUCAUGUGAACAGGCUAAAGAAUUGAAUUCUCAAGGACAUAAGGUUAUUUUGGUGAUCCUAGGUGCUGUCAGCCUCUCUAAAGGCUUAGAUGAAAACAAUUAGGAGCGCUUUGCUGAUCUUCAAAAACCAUAACUAGAACUUGAUGGGAAGGCAUAUGCAGCUGCUGGGCAAGGUAGUCUCAUGGCCCUGUAUGUUUCGUUCUUUGGUCAGGUAGUUAUGUAUUCUCUAUUUCAUUUUUGCAUCAGAGUCCAUUUUUUUAUGGCAAAGGACUUUUGGCAAUAUUUUGUCUUCUUUCUAUAUAUAUAUAUAUAUAUACAUAUAUAUGUAUAUAUAUAUUUUAGAUUAUUCACCAUGAAGCAUCAAGACAUUAAAAUAAGUCUACUCCC